AUGAACAUUGUAUUUGUAUGCGCUAGUAACACGUGCCGCUCGCCGGUCUCAGAGCUUUUUGCUGUUGAAUACUUUCGACGCAAGCUCAAUAUGUCGCGCGAGCAACAGGAAGAGAAAGGAAUUGUCAUCCGGUCCGCGGCAUUAACGGAUAUGUUUGAACAUGAGGGCUCACCGGCGUCCAAGCACGCGAUAGACGUGAUGAAAAAGUACCAAUUGGACUUGUCGAAGCAUCGUUCGCAGCUCCUGACCGAGACAAUGUGUCUGGAGGCAGACUAUGUGGUAUGUGUGGCGAGCGGCUUAGCAUUUAAAGUGACGGAAAAUUUUCCAGGGAUUAAAGAACGGGAUGGCGUGCUAUGUGUCUUUACUCGAGACGUGCAGGACCCAUGGCACAUGUCUUACGAUACCUACAUGGAGACUGUAGCACAGAUCGAAGAGAUGACACGGGAGUUUCUCGAUACGCACGUAACAUGGUGA